AUGAACAACAUUGAUACAAGUUAUUGGAUUCGUGAUCUUUCAUAUUGUCCACGUAAACGUGAGGCAACUCGACAAAGACAAUGUUUUAAAUCAUGUUUUGAUGAUAGUGAUUGUCGUAGUCGAUAUCGUUCAUGUGUAUGUGAUUAUGAUUGUGGAAUGUCAUGUGUUAAACGAGGUAUUAGUUGUCCAUUUUUAACAGCUCCAGAAAAUGGUCGUAUAACAUAUUCAAAUGGAAAUAAAUUUGGUUCACGUGCUACAUAUGAAUGUAAUACGGGUUAUGUACUUGAAGGUUCAAAAUUUCGUCAUUGUCAAGGUGAUAUGUGGUGGGGACCAUCAGAUACAGUACCAUAUUGUGCUAAAGAAGUUUUUUGUAAUCGACCACCGGAUAUAACAUAUGCGGUCAAUGAUGUUCCGAGUACGAUUACAACAUUUCAUGCAGGUUAUUCAGUUAAAUAUACGUGUUUAGUUGGUUAUGUUGGAACUGGUACAACAACAUCUGAAUGUACAUUUUUGGGUCAAUGGACAUAUGCAACAUUAAAAUGUACACCAAUUGAUUGUGGUUCACCGGGUAUAUUACGUAAUGGAUUUUUAAGUGGUGAACGCUUUGAUUAUCCGAAUAUUGUUGCAUUUUUUUGUAAUGAUGGGUUUGAACUUAUUGGAAAAGAUACAACACGAGCUUGUCAAGAAAAUGGUUUAUGGUCUGGAACUAUGCCUACUUGUCAAAAAAAAUCAUGCAGGGCACCUCCGAUAGUCACUCAUGGUGAAAUAAUUCAACCAGAUCGAACAACAAAUGAAACUAUUCAAUAUAUUUGUCAAGAUGGAUAUCAAUUACAAGGUCCAUCGAUAUUAAAAUGUGUUUCAUCUCAAUGGCAACCAACAUCACCAACAUGUGAACCAAUAACAUGUGAUGAUCCUCAAACAUAUUUUAAUGGUUAUAUUGAAUCAUUAUCAAUUAAUAGUUCAUCAAAAUAUCUCGUGAAUUCCAUUAUUACAUUUCAAUGUUCAUCAAAUUUAACAUUACAAGGUUCACGUAUAUCAAAAUGUCAAAUAAAUGGAAGUUGGUUACCAAAAAUUCCAAAAUGUGAAAAACCAAUAUCUUGUUCAAUCCCAUCGUUACCACAAAAUGCACGUUAUAUACAUCUUCGUCCAUAUAUACAAAAAAUUCAUGAUGGAAAUCAUUUAGAAUAUAUAUGUGAAAAUUCUCAAUAUCGUCAACAAAUUUUUUGUCGACAAGGAAAAAUUUUACCACAAAAUCCAAUAUGUUAUAAUGGUUGUCAUGUAAAUAAUGAUAAAAUCAAAUUUUCAAAAACAUUUUAUCGUCAUCGUGAAAAAAUUUCUUAUACAUGUUCAAAUAAUAGUUUACCAUUAUUAAUUAAUGAAACAAUACGUUGUAUUGAUGGAACUCUUUCAAAACCACCUAUAUGUCAACCAAUUAAAUGUACUGUACCUCAUAUGCUUUUUGUACGUAAUAUUAUCAAUACGACAAUAUCAUCGGGUACAUUAUUUGAACAAGGUUCAUCAUUUUUCUAUACAUGUCUGGAAGAUUAUCAACCAAUGAUUGAAUCAAGCAGAGUUGAAUGUUUAGAAGACGGAAAAUUAUCUCAUCAACCACAUUGUGUACCAAGACAAUGUAAAGAACAUCCACCGAUAAUAACAAAUGGUCGAACUAUAUAUCAUUCAACAAAACAUGGUUCUAUAGCAAAAUAUCGUUGUUUUCCAGGUUAUAGAAUUGAAAAUAAUCAUUUAGCAAAAUUAACAUGUCAAUUUGGACAAUGGUUACCUAAACAACCACCAAAAUGUUUACCAAUCUUCUGUACUAAUCCAGGUCCACUUGUAAACGGUCGAAUUUAUGUUGUUUUAAAAGAUCAACGCAUGUCAUCUUUGCCAAUUCGUAGUGAAUUUCGUACGUAUAUACCGAAUGUCGGGCAUGGUAGAACACUUGAAUUUGAAUGCAAUCCAGGUAUGUUAUUCUAUGAGUGUUAUUUAUAUUGGCAAUUCUCUAUUUUGAGGUUACAUUCUUCAUGGCCCAUCUGGCUUAACAUGUAA